AUGUCCAGUGCCGCCGCCAUUGCUGCCGCUGCUGCUUCAUCUAAUAACCAGAAAAUGAGCGCUCCUAACAGCUCUUCCUCAUCCGCUAACAACAAUUCUGUUGUUGGCUUACACUACAAGAUUGGCAAGAAAAUCGGAGAAGGUUCCUUUGGUGUCCUUUUCGAAGGAAGCAACAUCAUUAAUGGCGUUGCUGUAGCCAUCAAGUUUGAGCCGAGAAAAACUGAAGCACCUCAGUUGCGCGACGAGUACAGAACGUACAAACAUUUGCAAGGCUGUGAUGGCAUUCCUAAUGCCUACUAUUUUGGUCAAGAAGGUUUGCAUCUGAUCUUGGUGAUUGACUUGUUGGGCCCCUCUUUGGAGGAUUUGUUUGACUGGUGUGGCCGGCGCUUUUCGGUGAAAACCGUAGUGCAAGUUGCUAUCCAGAUGUUGUCUUUGAUUGAAGAAGUGCACCGCCACGACUUGAUUUAUCGUGAUAUCAAACCCGACAACUUUUUAAUUGGCCGUCAGGGCUUUCCUGAUGAAAACAAGGUGCACUUAAUUGACUUUGGUAUGGCCAAGCAAUACCGGGACCCACGUACCAAGCAACACAUUCCUUACCGUGAAAAGAAAUCGUUGAGCGGCACGGCCCGGUACAUGUCGAUCAACACACACUUGGGCCGCGAGCAGCUGAGAAGAGACGACUUGGAGGCGCUUGGCCAUGUGUUUUUCUACUUCUUGCGUGGCCAGUUGCCUUGGCAAGGAUUGAAAGCACCCACCAACAAGCAAAAGUACGAGAAGAUUGGCGACAAGAAAAGAACUACGUCUGCCUCAGUCUUGUGCGAAGGCUUACCCAAGCAGUUUGCUGAAUAUUUGGAGUCUGUGCGUCUGUUGCCUUUCGAAGCUGAGCCAGCUUAUGAGGAGUACCGGAUGUUGUUGUUGUCUGCCUUGGACGAUUUGGGAUUGCAUGCUGAUGGGGACUACGACUGGAUGCAUCUUAAUGGAGGCAAAGGCUGGGACUCCUCGAUCAACAAGAAGCCUAACUUACAUGGCUAUGGACAUCCUAACCCGCCCAACGAGAGAGAGCGUCGUCAUCGUGAACAACGCAGAAACAGGCCACACCACUCGGCACAGCCGGGCGGAAAUAUUCCCAACUCGGCAGGUAAUAGCAACUUGAACAACAUGAGUCAAUCCGCACAACAACAGCAACAGUUGUCGGCCACGCAAUCCCACCAGCAGAAGUUGCAACACUUGAUAAACAGACCAUUGCCUCCAAUCAAGCAGGAGCUCCAACCUAACUCAAGCAUGGGUGGAAACAUGAACAAUGACAUGUCCGGCAACCAGGCGAUGAUGAGAAAUUCGCAAACGAACAAUGGCCAGCGCGUCAACCAGUACGAGCAGCAGCAGCAUGUGGAAGAAGAGAAGAAGGGUUUCUGGUCCAAGUUCUGCUGUCAGUAG